CUGGACAGGGAGCUUCAAAGGCGAGGUGUCUUCAGCGAAAGGCAAAGCAUCUGGGAUGAUGGGGAAAAUGUUUGGAUUUAUGAAGCGUCGCAGCUCCUCGAAAUCUUCAGGUUCUUCGGAUUCGGACAAGAACGAGGAAUCCAAGAAAUCCAGCUCCAAAUACUCUAAAGUAAAAGCAUCGGCGGAAAUGCCCAAACAGGAUGCACCUCCGAAAGCCUCUUCCGCCGCAGUUGCCUCCCCAUCGCCUGAAACGAGUCAAGGCAGUUCAACAUCUGUCACCAAAGAAGUAAAAGUGCCUCCACCUACCGUCCAGGUUCAAGCUCCGACCGACUCAGGGGACAAGGCCACCACGGCCGUGACUCCCGGGAAACCGUCAACGACUGAGGGUCUCUCGACUUCUCAGAAGAUUCUAAUGGCACCCGAACUACUAUCUCUCCUGGUCUAUACCUCUGGAGUGACCUUCCGUGGUCUUGGAAGAGAUCAAGGAUACACCUCUUCCCAGAUGUUCUCGCUCUCAGAGAACAAGGCAAAAUCUCUUAUUCACAAUCCUCGACAAUCCAAUACAAAGGACUCCCUGAGGUCGAGUGCUCGAGACAGUGCACUCUUGGUAGAGCACACUCGUAGUCAUCUUGUUAGGGUCUAUCCCAAGGGCACUAGGGUGGACAGUAGCAACUACGAGCCAAACGUCUUCUGGGCAAUGGGUUGUCAAUUGGUGACAUUGAACUGGCAAACAGUUGCAGGUUUUGUACUUAAACCGGCGGCUCUAUUGGAUCCAGAGUAUCCAUUCAAUUUGCACAAGUACAAACCAACAAAACACGUCCUCCGUGUUCGUGUUAUCUCCGCACAGCAGCUCCCCCGACCAAAGGACGGUCAAGGACACGAGGUGGUGGAUAAAGAUACAGUUGAUCCCUAUGUCAAAGUUGCCAUCCAUAUUCCAAUUUGGGCUAAUGGGCAAAGCAUUGAAAGCAUCGCCCCUGUUCCCGUCGCACCUGUCGUCACCACCGACCACAAAGUAGGAACCAAAGAAGAAGGCAAGGCGAUCAAUCUGGAUCCCAACAGUAGCGAGGCAAAACCUGGAGAAGUUGGAAAGUCCGAAACAACGCAGGAAGCUAUCUUGGUUGAGUCUGGCGCUGCAGGCGACGAACAAGCUGGUGCCGCCGUCGGAGAGCGCGAAGUCAAAGUUAAAACGAGGACCAUUAGGAAUAACGGAUUCAACCCUGUGUGGGAUGAACAAGUAGAACUUCCUUUCGACGUGUUUGGGGGUGAAAGCAUGAAAGACUUGAUUUUUGUGCGAUUUUUGGUGAAGGAUAGUAACAUGGAUGAAGAUGACUUCGUCGUGAUGAGACCCUCUCAGGAUAUCGUCACCUUCCUCUAUACGAUGAGCAAACAAACCAAAUUCU